AUGGAUCCUGGCAUAGUAGCUGCGGCCUACGCCGUCGAAACAGCUGUCGAAGGCGCAGCAGUUGGCGCACUCGCAAUUGCACAAUCUACCGUACCUCUCAAAGCCCGCUUUUAUCGACUACCUAGUCCAUCUCCAGCCUUGACACGCUCUUCACACACAUUGAAUGUGAUCAAGGGAAGAGGAUACAUUUUUGGAGGUGAUGGCGAAGGAGUUGGAAAGGGUGGAGAUAAUGCUAUGCAUGUGCUUACAUUACCUACAGACCUGGUUUUGAAGGACACAGAUUACCAGAAGAUACCUGCUGUGGCUAGGCCGAGCAAGGCGGCUCACAACGCGGAGAGCGAGGCUGAGAAGGAAUCCGCUGGGAAGGCGCAAAGUGGUGAUGAGGAGGAGGAAGAUGAUGGCAACAAUGAGAGCGUGCCGGCUGCAAGAGCAGGGCACACCGCGUCUGUGAUUGGCAAUCGAAUAUACAUCUUUGGUGGGAGACCUGCAGGGUCGUCUGAUGCCGAUGCACCACCUAAUGCACCAUUAGAGGAGAAUGGCAAGGUGUAUGUCUUUGAAGCAACCGAGAAGACCUGGCGCGUCCUCGUUCCGAAUGAGAUGGGAUGUUCAAAUGGCGUACCUCAACCUCGGAAUUACGCUAGCAGCUCCAGCACCAUUCACCCACUCCCCAUUAGAACCGAAGAAGGCACUGGCAGGGGUAAAGACGAGUUAAUGACGGAUGAGGCCAAGUUGAGGUUAGUAGCAAGACGACAAGGGGAAGAUCUUACUGCCACGGAUGAUCAGCAAUCAGAAGGAUAUGGCACUUUGUUUCUGCAUGGUGGCUACGAUGCUGAAGGCAAGCUACUACGUGAUGCGUGGGCUUUUGAUGUCGCUUCCCGAAUAUGGUCCCGCUGGGCUGAUGUACCUAACUCUGACGGCGACGACGGCGACGGGAAUAUUUGUUGCAUUGAGAGCAAACUGUGGCGAUGUGGUGAUGAUUUCGGGAAGGUAGCGCAUCUCGACAUCGUGCGUGAUGAAUUCGAUGACAUAAGUGGAAAGGGCGAACUUGGAGUAAGUCCGAAAACAGGGGAAUGGACGGUUCAUAUUUUUGGUGUCAAGCCAGGUCAAGAAAAACUCGAGAAGCAAGUUGAGGAGAAGAUGGGUGGCAAACCUACCAACACCGCAUCUCUGUUUCCUGCAAGACGAAAGCGAUCUGGUUUCCUUCCUGUCACCACCGGCCAAGGUCGUGAGUACCUGUUGCUCUUUAUGGGUGAAAAGGGACCCCAGGAAGUACUGGAUGACAUCUGGAGUUUCCAGAUUCCCAGUGAGAAGAAGUCGGCUGCUGCAUUCAAGGACACAAUAAGGACCAUGAUUGGAAAAGGUACAGGAGUGGAGCAGUGGGCAAAGUCGGAGAUUGUGGAGAGCGACAAAGAAGAGGGCAUGCUGGACUACCCAAGAGGCCUCAGCAGGUUUGGAAGCAGUCCUGCGGGCGACGCUGUUGGCGACGUCAUGAUUUGGGGAGGUAUUGGACCCGAAGGAGCGGUCUCCGCAGACGGCUGGAUAUUGACGCUGGAGUAG